AUGCUGUUCCAGCCCACUCUAGCCCCUGGAACGCUGUUCCAGCCCACUCUAGCCCCUGGAACGCUGUUCCAGCCCAUCCUAGCUCCUGGAACGCUACUCCAACUCACCCUAGCCCCCGGAAUGCUGUUCCCGCCCACCCUAGCCCCCAGAAUGCUGUUCCAGCCCACCCUAGCCCCCAGAAAGCUACUCCAGCUCACCCUAGCUCCUGGAACGCUACCCCAGCCCACCCUAGCCCCCAGAAUGCUGUUCCAGCCCACCCUAGCCCCCAGAACGCUACUCCAGCCCACCCUAGCUCCUGAAACGCUACUCCAGCUCACCCUAGCCCCCGGAAUGCUGUUCCAGCCCACCCUAGCCCCCAGAAUGCUGUUCCAGCCCACCCUAGCCCCCGGAACACUACUCCAGCCCACCCUAGCUCCUGGAACGCUACUCCAGCUCACCCUAGCCCCCAGAAUGCUGUUCCAGCCCACCCUAGCCCCCAGAAUGCUGUUCCAGCCCACCCUAGCCCCCAGAACGCUACUCCAGCUCAGCCUAGCCCCUGGAACGCUGUUCCAGCCCACCCUAGCCCCCAGAAUGCUGUUCCAGCCCACCCUAGCCCCCAGAACGCUACUCCAGCCCACCCUAGCUCCUGGAACGCUACUCCAGCCCACCCUAGCUCCCAGAACGCUGUUCCAGCCCACCCUAGCCCCCGGAACACUACUUCGGCUCACCCUAGCCCCCGGAACGCUACCCCGGCCCACCCUAGCUCCCAGAACGCUGUUCCAGCCCACCCUAGCCCCCGGAACGCUACCCCGGCCCACCCUAGCCCCUGGAAUGCUGUUCCAGCCCACCCUAGCCCCCAGAACGCUACCCCAGCCCACCCUAGCUCCUGGAACGCUACUCCAGCUCACCCUAGCCCCCGGAACGCUGUUCCAGCCCACCCUAGCCCCUGGAACGCUACCCCGGCCCACCCUAGCCCCCGGAACGCUGUUCCAGCCCACCCUAGCUCCUGGAACGCUACCCCGGCCCACCCUAGCCUCCGGAACGCUGUUCCAGCCCACCCUAGCCCCCAGAACGCUACUCCAGCCCACCCUAGCUCCUGGAACGCUACUCCAGCUCACCCUAGCCCCCGGAACGCUGUUCCAGCCCACCCUAGCCCCCAGAACGCUACCCCGGCCCACCCUAUCCUCCGGAACGCUGUUCCAGCCCACCGUAGCCCCCGGAACGCUACUCCGGCCCACCCUAGCCCCCAGAACGCUACUCCGGCCCACCCUAGCUCCCGGAACGCUGUUCCAGCCCACCCUAGCCCCCGGAACGCUACUCCAGCCCACCCUAGCUCCUGGAACGCUACUCCAGCUCACCCUAGCCCCCGGAACGCUGUUACAGCCCACUCUAGCCCCCAGAACGCUAUUCCAGCCCACCCUAGCUCCUGGAACGCUACUCCAGCUCACCCUAGCCCCCGGAACGCUGUUCCAGCCCACCCUAGCCCCCAGAACGCUACCCCGGCCCACCCUAUCCUCCGGAACGCUGUUCCAGCCCACCCUAGCCCCCGGAACGCUACUCCGGCCCACCCUAGCCCCCAGAACGCUACCCCGGCCCACCCUAGCCCCCGGAAUGCUGUUCCAGCCCACCCUAGCCCCCAGAACGCUACUCCAGCCCACCCUAGCUCCUGGAACGCUACUCCAGCUCACCCUAGCCCCCGGAAUGCUGUUCCAGCCCACCCUAGCCCCUGGAACGCUACCCCGGCCUAACCUUAGCCCCCGGAACGCUGUUCCAGCCCACCCUAGCUCCUGGAACGCUACCCCGGCCCACCCUAGCCCCCCAGAACGCUACUCCAGCCCACCCUAUCCUCUGGAUCGCUGUUCCAGCCCACCCUAG